AUUGACGAAGACUGAAAACAAUAUGGCGCUUGCAGAUCGGGUUGUCUUGUCAAAUUUGUCAGUUCUCAGUUGUUUACCAAAUUAAUUUAUGACAAUGUAAUAACAUUUUUUACUAAACAAAUUAAGUAAAUUUACUUGUAAUAUGGAUUUGAGAUCAAGAAGUCUUCGCCCGUAUGAUACCGGGCAUGAAGAGCUUUUGUUAUAUGAAGACGUGGUGCAGGCCGAAGAAAGCUUCACCUACAACUUGGAAGGUAACUUCGAGGAGUAUGCCAAUGUGGAGGCCGAAUUCCAGGAGAGGAGAACCAUCCUGGUGGACGGUGGGGAUCGCUUCGGCGUCUCGGCGGUCGCCUUCGAUCUGCAGGAGGAAUUGUUAUGGAUGGGCAACCAGGGUGGUCACGUGACGUCGUAUUACGGCGCGGACCUGCAGAAGCACACCUCCUUCCAGAUCCACGCCAGUGAGGACGUGCGAUGUCUGCAUACCUUCGACGACGGCAUACUAGCACUCACUCCCAGCUCACUCAGGUGUCAGAUGCGGCGUGGCAUACCUAUCUUCACUCACACAUCAGCGAAUAUGGAAGAAAUGCAGUGCUUGCUUCAAUUGUCACAAUCACCUCAGUCUCUUUUGAUGGCAGGACACAGUCACAAUCUGAUCGAGUUCAAUCUCAGUACUUGCCAGGAAGUUAAUCUGGUGGAUGUGGGUGACCAGGGCUGUGCGCUGUUGCGACAACACCCGCGCUUCAUCUGCUGUGGCAACGCGGCUGGCCAGAUCACACUGCGAGACCCCAACUCACUGCACAUCGAGCACACCCUAGAGGCACACACUGCCAGUCUGUCCGACUUCGAUGUGCACGAGAACCUACUCGUCACCUGUGGAUUCUCCAAUCGACAAGGCAGCCUGGGCGUGGACCGGUUCCUGUUGGUGUUUGACGUGCGUAUGAUGCGAGUGGUGAGCCCCAUCCCACUGCUGCUGGACCCCCUGCUGCUGCGAUUCAUGCCCACCUUCUCCUCGAGGAUAGCAGUCGCCUCCACCAUUGGCCAGCUGCAGUUGGUCGACACUCACAGCAUCUCCGAGCCUGAUCUCACCGUCUAUCAGGUGAACAACGCGAACUCAAUGUGCCUAGCCCUGGACGUUUCGCCUUCGUGCCAGGCGAUAACCGUGGGUGACAGUGGGGGCUCCAUCCACCUGCUCACCUCCUCAGACAGGGCGCUGUUCAAUACAUUCUCAAGGCCGACCGAGUUCGCCGACCCCAUCGAAACCUAUCCACCAAUCAGCAUCGAUGACCGGCUGGCAAUACUGGCCGCUGUGCCGUUGGCCUUUCAGCCGCCCUCGUCCACAGUAAAACAAAAGCUGUUGUCUGAUUGGCCUAAGGAGUUCCUGCAAAAGGUUAACAGGCAAACACCGCCUAUAGACCCAGAAAUUCUUCAGAGUAUGAAAAUGAAUGGAACUAUUGGUUACGCGCCCAACCCGAAUACAAAACUGAGGAAUCAGGUAGCGUACAUAUCAGUGCACAAUUCACCGCAGAACGGCACAUCAUCGUCUGACACGAAAUCGAUGGACCACCAGUCGCGGUCGUUGAUGAACAGUCCUGCCAACGUGGGCGGCGGAGUGGGAGGGGCUAGCAGUGCUGCCAACACAUUUGUGGCCAUUCCAAAGCGCUAUCGCAAGAUGGAGGUCAAGUACAGCAAGCCGGGUGUGCAAGAGGAACUGGACUAUCUGCAGUACAACAAGACCUGUUUCAGUGGGCUCGAAGCACAUCUGCCUAAUUCCUACUGCAAUUCGCUAAUUCAGGUGCUGUACUUUGUGGAGCCCCUCCGUCGCCUGCUGCUGUCUCACGUGUGCUACAACGAGUUCUGCCUGAGCUGUGAGCUGGCCUUCCUGUUCCACAUGCUGGAUGUGUCGCGGCCGCCCAAGCCCUGCCACCCGGGCAACUUUCUGCGCUCACUGCGCAUGCGCAAUGCUCACGAGGCCACCGGCCAGGGGGGCAACCAGGUGCCUGACUUGGGUGGGGGAGGUGGUGGGGGGAGUGCAGCCGAUAAGCGCAAGGCUAACUAUACCACGUUGAUACAGAACUGGAACCGGUUCAUUCUGCAUCAGAUUCACUACGAACUGAUGGAAGAGAAGAAACGCAAGAAAGAGUCACCAAAGUCAAUCAAAGACAACCAAUCACCCAAGGCUGAGCAACAACCAUCCAAAAAUCAAGCCAAACGAAAAUCAAAAUCUGAAGCAACCGAACAAGAAACAAGUAGCGCAAAGUCAUUAUCGAGUGAGGGUGAAUCAGCUGACAUCAGCAAUCUGUUUGGCAGCAAGCAGCUGCACAUCCACCGCUGCCUCACGUGUGGCCACACCAUCAGUCGCGAGUCCUCUCUCCUCGUCUGCAAUCUCAUCUAUCCCGAACAAAUCGAAGGCGAGAUGAGUUUCUGCGAGGUGCUGCGUUCGAGUCUGUGCCCCGAGCAGACUACGCCAGCCUGGUGCGACCAGUGCGAGCGAUUUCAGCCGACGCUCCAGUCGCGGCGACUCCAGCAGCUGCCCACCCUACUCACUGUCAACUGCGGCAUGGACAGUGUCCAGGAGAAGAAGUUCUGGCAGAACCAGAUGGAUGGUCUGGUUAAGAAGGCGCUGGACGCACAGCAGGGUGGCAGCGAGGGGGGGAGCCCUGGCGGGGGGACAGGGGGCGGUCCCACCAGCAACAAGCCCUGUCGCUAUGGCAACGCCUGCACCCGGGUCGGCUGUCGGUUCAAGCAUCCCGGACGUCAAGAAGCAAGUAGCAGUUCGAACGUGAGCCCAAGUCACCUGUACUGUUCGCAUUCGUGGCUGCCGCAGCACAUUCAGCUGAAUCUCUCUUCAACAGGCGAGGUCUCCAUCAAGAAGCUGGCCAAAACCGAAGUCGACUCUGUAGAUCUGUCUAGCAAUAAGGUUCCUGGUAAACAGACGAUAGUGUACGACCUGUAUGCAGUUGUCUGUUACAUCAAUGAGGAGAAGAAGAAUCUGGUAUCGAUAGUGAAUGUAAGCCAAUCCUAUCACAGUCGAUCUGCCAACCAACAGUUAUCACAGUGGUAUAUCUUCAACGAUUUCAGCGUAUCGCCGGUGAACGGGCAAGAAGCAGUGUGGUUCUCGCUGGACUGGAAGGUGCCGUGCAUUCUGUACUUUGUGGAUCGGUCGCUGGAGGCGUCCCUGGCUCCCCACACCAACCCCAUCACCGUCGAUGUCCUCUCCGAAGACAUAUCGCUGGCUCGCUGUGGCAAGGGCAUCACGUUUGUGCCCCUCGAAACCGAUGAACUGCCUGGACCUGGAGACUUGGUGGCAAUGGACGCUGAAUUUGUUACCCUCAACCAAGAAGAUCAGGAUUCUCGUGCUGAUGGUAAGAGUUCAGCCUCCAAGCCGUCCCAUAUGUCUGUCGCCCGCAUAUCUUGUGUUAGAGGCCAAGGCGCGCUGAAAGGCACUCCGUUCAUCGACGACUACAUCUCGACGCAGGAGCAAGUGGCCGACUACCUGACGCAGUUCUCGGGCAUCAAACCGGGCGACCUGGACGUCAACAGCAGUCAGAAGCACCUCACCACCCUCAAGUCCACCUACCUCAAGUUGCGCUACCUCGUCGACAGCGGCGUCAAGUUUGUUGGCCACGGAUUGAGGAAUGAUUUCAGGGUUAUCAAUCUGGUGGUUCCCCCUGAGCAGGUCAUUGACACAGUGCACCUUUUCCAUCUGCAGCAUCAACGCAUGGUGUCACUCCGCUUUCUGGCCUGGCACUAUCUAGAAAUGAAAAUCCAAUCGGAAACACACGACUCAAUCGAGGAUGCGCGUGCAGCCCUGCAGCUCUAUGAAUUGUACCAGAAGCUGGAGGCUGAGGGGAAGGUGAAGUCCAGUCUGGAGGAGAUGUACAAAGUUGGCAAAUCGGUCCAGUGGAAAGUGCCUGGUGUCGACAGCUGAAUUCAGUCAAUUUCCAUCUAGCUGAUUUAUCAAUAGCUUAUUUCCAUCCAGCUUUUUCUCUUUCGCUAAAGUACAUCCAGCUUAUUUCUCUUCAGCUGAAGUACAGCAUAGCAUAGUACAGUGUAGCUGACUUCUUUCAAGCUGAUUUCGAUCCAGCUGACUACUUUACAGCUGAUUUCCAUCCAGCUGAUUGUUUUCCACCAAGUACUUAAUAAUGUGAUAUUGUUGUUGUACCAGUGAUAACAAUGUUUUGUAACUGUCAUAACUACUGUGUAUAGUAAUAAAUUGGAAUUUAUAUUUUUUGGUAGCAUAA